UUCAAUGUUUCAAACAUAGCUUAGUUGACCAAACACGAGCCAACUCGGUCCAAGCCUCCCCCUUUUGUUUGUCCCAUAGUCAUAGCCUCCUCAAAGCUUGAAACUUUCAUCCCUAUUUAUUUAAUUUUUUCCAUUUUCCAAUAUAAAUCCUUCAUUUUUACAAUCACGAGCUCAAAGUUUGAUUCCUUUUUCAUCAAAGAUCACUCAGUAGAUUCCUCAGUCCCUGUCAGUUUACCCAUCCUGAAAUCUGGGUAUCUUUCUUUCUACCUUAAUUCUACCAAAUCACUGAAUUCUGAUCCUGUUUCUGAAUCUGGAUCUCUUUUGUUUUAUUUCCCACUAGAUCAACCAGAUGGGUUCUUGUCUGACGAAAAACAAAGACUCAAAGCCAGCGCAGAAUGGGUACGGAUCAGGCGCCGCCGCCACCACUUCAGCCGCCGUGCAUGAACAAAGAUACCUGGAGCCAGCUAGGCCUGCGCCGGCUCAGCCGCAAUUCCACCACAUCCCCGAAAAGCCAGGCACUCAAGCGCCAUGGAAGCCAGUGGCUCAAGCCCCUAGCCCCAAGCCUGCGCCGAGAGUCGACACCAUUCUCGUCAAGCCAUUUGAAGAGAUAAGGAAUCACUAUGCAAUCGGUAAAGAAUUGGGGAAAGGCCAGUUCGGUGUGACUUAUCUUUGCACCGAGAAUUCGACCGGGAAGCAAUACGCCUGCAAGACGAUAUCGAAGAGGAAAUUAGUCACAAAGAAUGAUAAGGAGGACAUGAGAAGGGAGAUUCAGAUUAUGCAGCAUUUGAGUGGACAGCCUAAUAUCGUGGAGUUCAAAGGUGCAUACGAGGAUAAGUUAUCUGUUCACCUCGUGAUGGAAUUGUGUGCUGGUGGUGAGUUGUUUGAUAGGAUUAUUGCCAAGGGUCAUUAUAGUGAAAGAGCAGCUGCUUCUGUAUGUAGAUCGAUUGUGAAUGUUGUCCAUGCUUGCCAUUUCAUGGGAGUGAUGCAUAGGGACCUUAAGCCUGAGAAUUUCUUAUUGUCUAGCAAGGGUGAGAAUGCCCUUUUGAAGGCCACCGAUUUCGGGUUGUCCGUGUUCAUCGAAGAAGGAAAGGUGUAUCGGGAUAUAGUUGGGAGUGCAUACUAUGUUGCUCCUGAAGUAUUGCGACGUAGAUACGGAAAGGAGAUCGAUAUUUGGAGUGCAGGAAUUAUUUUGUAUAUCUUACUCAGUGGUGUCCCUCCAUUUUGGGCAGAAACGGAGAAGGGGAUAUUUGAUGCUAUUUUGGAAGGAGAAAUUGAUUUCGAAUCUGAACCAUGGCCAUCUAUUUCAGACAGUGCCAAGGACCUAGUCCGCAGGAUGUUAACGCAGGAUCCGAAAAAGCGGAUUACUUCUACUCAAGUCCUUGAGCAUCCAUGGAUAAGAGAGGGUGGAAAUGCAUCAGACAAGCCACUAGACAGUGCAGUCCUCUCGAGAAUGAAGCAAUUCAGAAGAAUGAACAAACUAAAGCAACUUGCCUUAAAGGUCAUUGCUGAAAAUCUUUCCAGCGAAGAAAUCCAGGGUCUGAAGCAAAUGUUUGCAAACAUCGACACCGACAACAGCGGCACGAUCACCUAUGAGGAACUUAAGACUGGAUUAGCUCGACUUGGAUCAAAGCUCACGGAGACUGAGGUUCAGCAGCUAAUGGAAGCCGCUGAUGUGGAUGGAAAUGGUUCUAUCGACUAUAUUGAAUUUAUCACUGCUACAAUGCAUAGACAUAGGCUUGAAAGAGACGAACAUCUUUACAAAGCUUUUCAACAUUUUGAUAAGGACAACAGUGGCUAUAUCACAAGAGAUGAGCUAGAAGCAGCCAUGAAAGAAUAUGGAAUGGGUGAUGACGACACAAUCAAGGAAAUAAUAUCCGAAGUUGAUACCGACAACGAUGGUAAAAUCAACUACGAGGAGUUCCGCAACAUGAUGCGAAGCGGAACCCAACACACACCACUCUUUUAGGUUUUAUGCAUGACUGGACUUGCAGGAAUCAGCGAAAAAGUUUCCCAAAUGUAGUGCACAAUGGCUCUAAAGAUGUUCUAGGACUUCAUUACUUGACUUUUUGUGGUUUUUGUUUUCCAUUUCGAGUGUAAUAUAUCACAUAUGGUUUCUAGUUUAAGUUUCGUGUUUCUGUGAAUCUUGUUCAUGAUAUAUGAUGGAUUUUGAGAAGAGAGAUUGGUUAAUGU